AUGGGUGUUACCAAGACAAUUCUUCGAAGCGGCAACGGAGUUGACCGACCUACCAAGGGAGACGAGGUGAUAAUCGACUAUCGUGGAUGCCUCUACGACCCUAGCCGAUCUACAUUUCAUAACAUGGGCAAACAGUAUGUCAACUUCCGUUUCAUGUCUAACUUGGUCUUGUCUAUGGGGAUGAGAAAAAUAAAAAGUCGUAUGAUUGGAAUUAAAAAAAAAAAAAGAGAAGAAGAAGAAGAAGAAGAAGACGAAACCGAAAAUAAAAAAACUUGGCCUUGGAUGACUAGUCAGCUCAUGCAUGUUCGCUUUAUUUCCAGGUUCGAUUCGUCACAAGAUCGAGGAGAGUUCAAGACUCCAAUCGGUAUCGGCAAGGUCAUUCGAGUACAGCAGGCAUUCCCGAUGUCCAAGUCCCUAACCUCAGCCUUCUACUGCACAGGAUGGGACGAAGGCGUGAUGAAUAUGACAGUUGGCGAGAAGUGCAUACUGACCAUUAGCGGGGACUAUGCAUACGGCGACCGGUAUGGCCUUUUCCCAUCUCUUGCCCCCAUUGCGCUGUUUUCCCAGGGCCACCCUUUGCUAGCUCUGCCCCCUUUUAUUUGCCCGACCCCUUCUCUGGCUGUCCGGCAGGAUAAGAAGAGAAAGGGCGGCAAAUGA